AAUUACCGGAAGCCCCUCCCACGGGCCACGGCGCAACUCGCCUUCCUCUCCUCUCGUCGUGUCUCGUUCCCCGAUCGCCGCUUCGCCAAAACCCCUCGAAAACCCUGGGUCCCUACGCCUCCCUUGCCAUGCUGCGCCGCCUCCGCCUGCGCCCUCCGGGGAGGGCGGCGGUAGCCGUCUCCGCCGCGGCCGCUACCGUGGCGUCCCUCACCAGCGUCGCCUACGCGGACGGCGUCUCCCUCUUCCGCCGCCAGUCCGCCGACGCCGACGCCGACGCCGACGCCGGGGACCCUGCCGCCGCCACCUCGUUCGGCUCCGACCCCGAGACCCUGGAGCGCAUGGCCCGCGCGAUGCGGGAGAUCAACAACUCGCCGCUCUCCAAGCAGGUGAUUGAGCUGACGAAGAAGCAGGAACAGACGCGCCUCGAGGAGCUGGCGGCUGAGAAGGUCCAGAUCGCCAUCAACGAGCGCCUCAGGGACAUCGAGAGGAAGAAGAAAGAAGGUGAAGAGUACAGAAAUAAUUUGGAGCAACAAGAAAAAGUAAAAGCACAAGCGUUACGCUAUGAGGAUGAAUUAGCUAGAAAAAGAAUGCAGACGGAGCGUGAAGCACAAAGACGACAAGAUGCUGAGCUUGUGAAGAUGCAAGAGGCAUCUGCCCUCAGAAGAGAAGAAGCUAGGCGUGCCACAGAACAGAAGAUUUUGGAACAAAUGAUGCAAACUGAGAAAGAAAAGGCUGAAAUAGAUCGUGAAACAGCCAGAUCUGAUUCUUUAGCAAAAGCCGAAGGUGAAGCUCAUGAAAAAAAGCUAUCAGAAGAAUAUGACAGAAGAAUGCUAUUGGAAUACAUGAAUGGCGAAAGAGAGAAGUGGCUCGCUGCCAUAAAUACAACCUUUUCUCAUAUUGAAGGUGGGUUCAGAACACUGUUGACUGAUAGGAGUAAACUAAUGAUGGGUAUUGGAGGAGUUACUGCACUAGCUGCUGGAGUUUAUACUACUAGGGAAGGAGCCAGGGUUACGUGGGGUUACAUCAAUAGAAUCUUGGGUCAGCCUUCACUGAUCCGUGAAUCAUCUAUGCCAAAGUUCCCACUGCCAGGAUCCAGGUUACUCAAACCUAGUUCAGCAUCUUUGUUGGGAGGAGCAGGCUUUGAGAAUGUUAUUCUUCACCCUUCACUCAAGCGGAGGAUUGAACAUCUUGCACGAGCAACUGCAAAUACAAAGUCUCACGAUGCACCAUUCCGCAACAUGCUGUUCUAUGGACCUCCUGGAACUGGCAAAACUUUAGUAGCGAGGGAGAUGGCUCGCAAAUCUGGCCUGGAUUAUGCCAUGAUGACGGGAGGAGAUGUUGCACCCUUAGGAUCAGAGGCUGUUACCAAGAUCCAUGAAAUAUUUGACUGGGCUAAGAAGUCCAAGAAAGGCAUGCUGCUUUUCAUCGAUGAAGCCGAUGCGUUCUUGUGCGAGCGCAACAGUACCCAUAUGAGUGAAGCUCAGCGGAGCGCUCUCAAUGCACUAUUGUUUCGAACUGGUGACCAGUCAAGGGAUAUUGUCCUUGUCCUUGCGACAAACCGACCUGGUGACCUUGAUGCUGCUAUCACUGACCGUAUUGAUGAAGUUAUAGAGUUCCCCAUACCUGGGGAGGAGGAGAGGUUCCAACUGCUGAAGUUAUACUUGAACCAGUAUAUACUCAAGGAAGAGGGCAAAAGCUCUUCUUGGGGUUCACUGUUCAACAAGCAGCAGCGCAAGAUACAUGCAAAGGACAUCACUGAUGAUUUGCUCAGGGAAGCUGCACGGAAGAUCAAUGGCUUCUCUGGCAGGGAGAUUGCUAAACUUGUGGCUAGUGUGCAAGCUGCUGUUUAUGGCCGCCCUGACUGUAUAUUGGAUCCCCAGCUGUUUUCUGAAAUAGUUGACUACAAAGUUGCCGAACAUCACCAACGCAUCAAGCUCGCUUCUGAGGGUACUGCAUGAUCAACAGCAAAUAUUUACCUGGAAGCAACAAUUUUUCGGACGGAUCUUCAAGUUUUCUGAGACGAGUCAUGGCAAUGAGGAAUAGAUACCUCCCACCGAAUUCGGUAGUAGUUGAUAUUUUGAACUCCGGUGGAGACUUUGGAAAAUCUUGUGCGCAAAGGGUUUGUUCCCACCAGUUCUGCUCAAUGUGCUUGCUUCUGGCAAAUUUAGCCGGAGUUUUCAAGGGGCAUCCAAAUAAGGCAGGAGAUGUGCGUGAGAAGAGAUUUUCUGACUAUUCAGUGGCUCAUUGCAUUUGGUUUGCACUGUGUUUUCUUGGUAACAUUUGUACGCUUGUUUGUGACAAGGAUUCCAUAAUUUAGGUGCUGGUGGUCAAACUUGUCCA